GGGAGACAGAGCGAGCCACAUCGAUCCCUCAUCUCCUCCUCUCUGUCGUCAAAACCCUAACCCUAAUUUCCCCGAAUCCAAUCGAUCGAUUAAUCAUCCUCUCUUAAUCUCAGGUAGGGUUAUUUUCUUGUGUACGCGAGCAGCUCUCAGGUCUGAAAAUAUUCUUGGAAUUAAGAAAGGGUUUAGCAAGAUGUGAGGAGGUAAGAAGACCUGGGAAUCAUGCUGUUCUGGAAGUACAACCAUGCUGAGGAGUCCUAUUUAUUCACUAUGGUCGUGUCCAUUGUUAGAGAUAGAGUUUUCAGAGAUGUCUCCCGCAACAAAAUCUAAGUCGAAGGACAAAACAGCUGCAAGGGCAGUCAAGGAACAGUCGAAGGCUUCUUCCAAGCCAUCUGCUGGAUCUUCAAAUAGUGGGAAUGGGACUGCAACAAGUGCAUAUAAUCCAAUUUCUGGCACUUUUCAUGCCCUGGAGAAUGUUCCAUCUAAUGGUAUGCCCACAAUCCCAAGCAAUGGCCGGUUUCGAACUAUAGAUGAUGAAGAACAUUCUGGUAGUUCGCUGGGUACUGCCGCUGAAUAUGAUUCUGUAUCCAACAACGACAGUUGUUCUGGUGAAUCAGAAGAUCAACAAAAGGAGAAGAAUACAGCCAGCAAUAUAUCUCGCGUGGAUCCUGUCCCUGGUUCUGAUAUUGACAAGCGUGAGAAGAUAAGGCUCAAGAAUGAGAAGAAGCAUCAACGACAGAAGGAAAGGCGAGCCCAGGAGCUCCAUGAGCGUUGCUGUAGCUAUUUAACCUCGAGAAAACUGGAAUCACUCGCUCAGAAACUUGUAGCAAUGGGCUUCACAUCCGAGCAGGCAACAAUGGCUCUCAUUCACAAUGAAGGUCGUGUUGAUGACUCGGCCUUGUGGCUUCUUGAAGGAGGCGAGGAAAGCAAACGGCAGUCUGCGUCCAAUGUAGAUGGAGCAAAUCCCAAGAUAGAUAUUGCGGAUGAGCUUGCGAGAAUUACAGAAUUGGAGUUGAGUUUCAAGUGCACGAAGCAGGAGGUUGAAAGAGUGGUUGUCGCCUGCGAGGGUGAUUUGGAGAAGACAGAAGAGACAUUGAAAACACAGAAACAAGAAUCGACAACUACACCACCUAAAUUAGAAGAAUCUAGUGAUCAGCCUACAGUUUCAGCCAAUGGGUUCCAUAAUAGUAGGUUAGCGUCCUCUAGCCAGAACUCCAUUAUAAGACCACAAGGGAAGGGAGUUGCUCCAGCAAGUGUCCAGUUGCAGAGACGGGAUGAAAGAGAAUUUAAUUAUACGAAGUCCACAGUAGCAGGAGCAAACCAAACCGAAAUAGCAAGCAGAAACUUGCAGCCAACCUUGAGAAAAUUACCGGCAAAGCAAGAUUGGAUGAAAUCACAAGCUAUAGUUCCUCCUGUUGAAAAGAGAUGGCCUAGCACAAGCUCCAGCCCAACCCCUUACUCCUUAGCAUCUCAGGUUGCAGCACAGUCGAAGCCAGAGGCUCGGUAUGUCACUACCAGUGGCAGUGAAGUCAAGGCCAACUUACUUCAGGGAACACUGAGAGAGCCGAUCUACGUGAUGCAGCGCCCUCAGUCAUCUAAUGGCACUCGGCAAAACAUCCUGCCAGUAAGUGUCGGUCUCAGUGCUUCGCCACCAGCAUCAACGGGGUGGUACCCAAGCAACAGCAACGUCACCAGUGCCGUGGAGAUGAUGAAGUUAGCGAACGGAGGUCUAGGGCAACAUCUGCGCAACUUGGCUUUGUCCGGGUCUAAUCCUCAGCAGUUCUAUCCUCCAGACCACCACCAACAAUACAUUUCAUCGUAUAUGGAUUCAGGUGGCUCAGGGUGGGGUGGCUCCUACAAUAUGCCAGGAACUACUAUGAGGUCAUCGUCCUCAUCUUCGCUCGCUGUUCCUUCCUCAUUAGGGCUAUUCACCGGCUGGGGCACAUCGGGUUCUUCCGGUUCUUCGUCGCCCGUCAACUGGAGCACUCGCGGGACGAUACCUCAGUGUGACUACACCAGCAUAGAUUGGAGCUUGGACUCGACGCCACUGCCACUGCCGUCAUCAUCUAUAAAGGGUGAGCGGUUGUACGAUAACUCGUGGCAAUCUUCAUACACUCCGUCGUCGAAAUCCUCGAGGCCGGUUUUCAACGAUGGAGGCCUGAUGGUUGAGCGUCCUGCUGCACCCUCCGCAGGAUCCCCGGAGUGGACCUCCCCAUUUGGUGGGAAGGACCUCUUUAGGGUUCCGAGGCAGUUUGUUACAUCCCCAUCCCCAUAGCGGAAAAAAUUGAGGGGGGUCAUUUGGAAAAUGGUCAUAAAAGAAAAUGGACUCUAUGGUUGAAAAUUGUUUGCUGUUUGCUUCUGAAAUCUUUGUGAUGUCUAAUUUUAUAAUAUCUCAAGUGGUCUUGCUGGGGUUGGUUGUGUUUGGGGUUCAAGUUGUAAUGCUGUCCUUCGCUAUUAUUUCCUGAUGCAUCGCUGAAAUUGGUCUCUGAAUCUCGCCUGAUUGCAGGAAUGGUUCUUGAAUUCUGCUGACUGAAGCUUAAAAGCGUCAGGCUGCUGGAGCUUGAAUAAUUAUGUCUUCUACUUACUUUGUUUUAA